AUGUUAGAAGAAAUAUUUACUCCAAUUGAUGAAGCUUUGAAAGCAUUUAAAAAUGGUGAAUUUUUAAUUGUAAUGGAUGAUGAAGAUAGAGAAAAUGAAGGUGAUUUAAUUAUAUCAGCAGAAUUAAUUGAUCAAUCUAAAAUGCAUUUUUUAGUCAGAUACUCUUCGGGUUAUGUUUGUGUUCCAUUAUCAACUGAAAGAGCAGAUAAAUUAGAUUUACUUCCAAUGUUAAAAGAUAGAACUGAUAGACAUGGUACUGCUUAUACAGUAACUUGUGAUUAUGCACAUGGUACAACCACAGGAAUAUCAGCUCAUGAUAGAGCAUUAACUGCAAAUAAAUUAGCUGAUCCAAAUGUAAAACCAAAUGAUUUUAUAAAACCUGGUCAUAUUUUACCUUUAAGAGCUGUACCUGGUUUAUUAAAUAAAAGACGAGGUCAUACUGAAGCAGCUGUACAAUUAUGUGAAUUAACAAAUUUACAACCAGCAGCUGUAAUUUGUGAAUUAGUACGAGAGGAAGAUGGUUUAAUGAUGAGAUUAGAUGAUUGUAUUAAAUUUUCAAAACAACAUAAUAUAAAAAUAAUUAAUAUUAAACAAUUAGUUGAAUACAUUAAUAAAUAG